AUGGGCGCCAACGGGCACCCGCCGCCCGCCAGCGCCACCGCCCAGAACGGGUCCCACUCUAGCGGCGGCGGCGGCGGAGGAGGAGGAGGUGGGGGCGGGGGAGGGGGAGGAAACCCUAGCUCCGGCGGCACGGCGGCGGCGCUCCGGCACGACCCGGGCCUGUCGCGGGAGUGGACGCCGGAGGAGCAGGCCAUCCUCGACGAGCUGCUCGUCAAGUAUGCAUCUGAUGCACCUGUUAUUCGGUAUGCAAAAAUAGCCAUGAAGUUGCCAGAGAAAACAGUUCGAGAUGUGGCUUUGCGGUGUAGAUGGAUGAGUAAAAAGGAGAGUGGUAAAAGAAAGAAAGAGGACCACAGCUCAUCAAAGAAAAGCAAGGACAAAAAGGAGAAGGUUGCAGAUUCUUCAUCGAAACCACCUGUUCAUAUAGCUGGAAGGCCGAGUGUUCCGCCAUACUCCCUCCCAGCACUUCCCGUUGAUGAUGACGAAAUUUCAUCCAAAGCAAUUGGAGGUCCAACAGGAGAACUCCUUGAAACUAACGCCCAGGUUUUAAGUCAAAUUUCAACAAACCUUGGCACCAUGCAGAUACAGGAUAACAUCUCUCUGCUGUGCCAAACUCGAGAUAACAUACUCAGGGUGUUGAAAGAGAUGAAUGAUGCCCCCGAGAUCAUGAAGCAGAUGCCACCACUACCCGUGAAGAUAAACGAGGAUCUUGUCAACUCCAUACUCCCCAGGCCAACUGUACCUAUGCAGUAG